AUGUCUAGUUUUGAGGAGUUGAAAGGUCAAGCAGUGUCCCUGGGUCGGACAGGUGUGGAGGUUGGUCGACUCCUUGCUUGUGCUGAUACUCUAUAUAUGGAUGGCAACUUUGCUAUGGCUCCAAAUAUUUUCAAACAUAUUUAUGUCAUCCGUGUGCCUUUCGGUGAUACAGUUGUUACUUCAGUGUUCGCUCUUCUUCCAAACAAGACUCGUGCCACCUACGAAGAACUCCUUCAGGCUAUAGUUGAUAAGUGUGCAGACCUAAACUAUUCUAUUACUGUGAAAACCGUGGUGACUGACUUUGUAGAUGGUGUACUGAGAGCUGUUCUUACAGUGUUUGGCGGCGAUGUAGAGAGCAAAGGUUGUUUCUAUCAUCUUACACAGUCCACUUGGCGUAAGAUCCAGGAACUGGGUUUGGGAACACAUUAUAAUACCAAUGCUGAGUUUCGUUUGUUUUGUGGCAUGAUUGAUGCUCUAGCUUAUUUGCCCCUAGACAACGUUGAUGAAGGUAUGAGAUACCUCAAAACUGUCAUUCCACAAGAUCCACCUGAAGCCGAGGAGUUGCUCAUGUACUUCGAUUGUACUUAUGUUAGUGGCUCCUUUCGACCGAUUCAGCAGCCAGUUGCCAUGUCCAGUGAUGCCCUGAUGCCUCUGAGAAUGCGUCAUAUUCCACCUAUGUUUGCCCCCUCACCUAUGGAAUGUGCAUGA